CCGACUUUUUCCUUCAGCAUCACUUGCAGAGUCGCGGAUAUAGAUACAGAGACUCAGGCUGAAAUCUCCGGAAGGUAGAAGAGGAAGCAAAUGAAACCAGAAAGGGGAAUAAAAAGAAAAGCGAAAAGGAAAGGCCGAGUAGGAGGAGGGCUUCAACGUUCGCCUGUCACCUUUAGCCGGAAAAAAAAAAAAAAAAAAAAAAAAGGAAAGGAGGCCAAAGAGAGAACACUAUUAUUUUUAUUUUUGCCGAUCUCUUUCCCUCGUCUCCUUUUCCCUUUUUAAAUGCCAUUUAAUCUCUGCUAUUUUUUUAUUUAAUUUGGAUGUCGGGCAUGGUUUUUUUUUUGUAAUUUAAUUUUCGCAAACGUAUCUUUGGGGAUUGGCAUUCCCCAUGGGUUAAAAUAACACACAAAAUUUCCCCCACAUUUUGACGCCCCACCACCCCUCAGGCUUCGCUCCUUCGGGCGGUAUCCAGGCGUUUGAAAUCCGGUCACACCCACCAUUUUCCGGUGGCCGUACUCCAGCUCUCGCUUCAGGGAGCUGCCGACUGCCGUCCCGUUUGUUGUGACCGGGGACGCUUUCUGCAGCCAUUCGGGGAUGGCGUUCGUCUAGAAGUGUUUCAGACCGAGGAGUUGUGCGCGCUUUUCAGUGAUCUGCGGCUGUCCUUUCUUCAUUUUUGUCUUUCUUCCUUUUGUGACUCUGCUGGGGAGAGUUUCUAUGCAUGGAAGGGAGAGAAGGGGCGAGUUCCGGUGCACCGGAUCCGGCAGCGAGCUAUGGGACUGCCGCGGUGGCGACUGGGGGCGGAGGCGUCUAUAAUGCGGUGGCGGCGGCAGCGGCGGCCAGGAGCGAGAGUCCUCCCGUCGUCGACGGAGGAGGAGGGGUUCCGAGUGGGAUGAUGAGCUUCGCCACGAGCUUCGGUAAGAAGCGUGGUAGGCCCCGGAGGUACGAUCGGGACGAUGGCAUGGCCCUGGCGUUGACUCCAAUCUCGGCGUCGUCGCCCGGACCCUUCUCCUCGAAACGGAGUAGAGGGCGGCCACCUGGCUCAGGCAACAAACAGCGCCUAGCAGCUCUAGGAGAAUGGAUUGCAAGUUCAGCUGGAGGCGGCUUCACUCCCCAUGUGAUCACUAUUGCUGCAGGAGAGGACAUAACAAUGAAAAUCAUGUCCUUUUCACAAAAGGGGCCCCGAGCCAUAUGUGUUCUUUCUGCAAAUGGUGCCAUUUCUAAUGUCACUCUUCGACAACCAGAUUCCUCUGGCGGCACUUUAACUUAUGAGGGGCGCUUUGAAAUACUUUCCCUGUCUGGAUCAUUUAUGCUGACAGAAACUGGUGGACAUAGGAGUAGAACUGGAGGUCUGAGUGUUUCUUUGGCAAGUCCAGAUGGACGUGUUGUAGGAGGGGGUGUUGCUGGUUUACUGAUGGCUGCUAGUCCUGUUCAGAUUGUGGUAGGAAGUUUUAUGCCAAACCAUCAGGAGCCGCAGAUUAAGAAGUCAAAAUUUGAUGCACCAGAUGCUCUGCCACAGAUGUUCAGUUCAACUGCGGCAACAGCUGCAAUUCCUAUUUCGUGUUCAGGGAUGGACGGGAGUUAUGAGGAGAAGAACCAACCAGUUUCUUCCAAUCAUCAGCAUAAACCUGUGGCUUCUUACCAAAAUGAUGGAUGGACUCCCACGAACCCAGUACCUGAAUCAAGAGAUUCAAUUAAUGACUCAUUACCAAAGGAUAGCCAGUUAAGCCAUUAAUCAGUCUGGGGGGUUUGGACUAAAUACGAUUCCUUUAAAGAUGAAUAUGGCUGGUUUAUAGCAGUUGUAAAACUCUUGUGCUGUGGCAUCUGGGUGAUGAAUGAUGUCAUUUGGCUCUCAGGAAUUUGUGAGGUUUGACUGUUUCAAAGUGAAUGCAGGAUUGAUGCCAUGGCUUUUCAGGUAUUUGUCUCACUGGACUAAUUAGGAUAUCUUAGGAUCAUAGUCAUAAUGUAUCUCUCGCUGACAUCAGACAUAUAACUUACGACUAGUCUGGUACGUGUUGUAUUCAUACUGAGUAUCUGUUUUUCGUUUGUUGUGGCUUGAUUUUGUUGUAAACUCCAAUUUCGCAUGGUAAGGAUCAUCUUUCAUGUGCCUUGGUCA